AUGCUAGCGAUGAAUAACGCAGCUAAUACGUUCGGUGGGAUCACCUUCUCCGAUAUGACCGGAGCCACGGGGCCAGGCACGGGUGGCCUGCAACUGGUGCAGCUAAGCCAAGUCAUGCCAGACCCAAACUCGCAGCAGCUCUUUAUGCAAAGCCUGCAGCAGCAGAUAAACGGAGGUGCCCCUGCCAUACAAGUCAUACCGAUCGGAGCUCUACCGCAGCAAACGGUAGCCUUGGCGCAAGGUCCUCCACCCGGCACCACAAUACAAGCCGCUCCACAGCAGCAACAAUUUGUACAGUACACACUCGAUGGACAGACACUGCUGUACCAAGCAUUUCCCACCCCGGAAACCGCAUAUCAGAGCGUCAAUCUGCCGAUCGUACAGCUGCCAGCCACCCAAACGAUAGGAACCGCGGGUACGGUUCCUACAUACGGGAACAUUGCCAACUUGCAAGGUGCUCCGGUCACAUUCACGCAGAUUCCAACGCUCACACACCAAGCCAUUCCUCAACAUCAUCCACAGCAGCAUCUGCACCAGCACCAUCAGCAACUACAAACUGCGGCAACGAUCGAUGCGAGUGCAUUCCAGAACAUUGUCACUGCACCACUCACCAUUACACCUACCGCCACCGUUGUGCCGGUUUCGCAACCACAAAUCCCGAUGACUACACCGAUGACCACAGUCACUAUUGCACAACCCCAGCCUCAAGUAGGUGUUGGAGUCGGUAUGGCCAGUACCAGCAGUAACGCCAGCAGCAGCAGCAGCGGCAACAUCAACAGCACCGUUACACCAACAGCCAGCACUAGCGGACACAUCUCCAUCGCCACGGAGUAUACUCCAACUGUCGUUGCAACGGCUUCUGGUUCAGGCACGGAGAUGGAGCAAGAACCACUGUACGUUAAUGCCAAGCAGUAUAAGCGCAUCUUGAAGCGACGACAGGCUCGAGCCAAGCUAGAAGCGAUGGGCAGGAUACCGAAACAGCGGCCAAAAUAUCUCCACGAAUCACGCCACCGACAUGCGAUGAAUCGGGUCCGUGGUGAAGGUGGUCGGUUCCAUUCGAAAUGAGAUGUGGUGCGAU